GUUUCAUUUCCAGUCAUAAGAUUCAUGUCAAAGUACACGUAGGUCCGUCUAACGUAAUGGUUUUUGCUGAAACUGUGGCAAUGAAAAUAAAAUUCCACCAGCCCUCCAGUGAGGAAACUACGAAGUUAGAAAAGCCGGAGGUACUUAGUUUAGCUGUCAAGUAACAGACGGGUCCUUUUUGGCUGCCUCACCAAGGUCAAAGUCUGAAUUUGUGUCCUGUGUGCUCAUUUCUCAAUGGAAAGCAACAACUUCCUUUACGUCUACAACUUGGUCCAAGGUUACUUGAAGCAUGUUUGCCAAGAACCAGCCCUUGAACUGACCCUGAGCAAGCCUGCCCAAGUUUUACGAAAAACUGCAUCUUCGCUUGGGCAAGAAGUCGAAGAAAGCCUCAGACUGUAUUUGGACUCAUUGGAGAUCACUUCUGUCGAUGAUGCCCGGCGAAUCUUCGGUCAAGUGAUGGAAACGGAGUUUGCCGAUGGGAAUAUCAACUGGGGACGGAUUUUGACCAUAUUCCUGUUCGGAGGAAUUCUGACUAAAAGGUUACAAGGAUGCGGAGUCCCUUUGACAAAAGAAAAUAUGGACCAGAUUUCUCAUUUUAUGACAGACUAUAUUGUGAACACCAAAGCAAAAUGGAUCAGUGAAAAUGGAGGAUGGAUAAAAAUACUGUAUUCAAAAAGAUACCUAGUAUGAAAAAGCAACACCUCUUCCACCUCCAAAAAUCCAUUGGGUUAAAGCUGGUAAUGAACCAAUUGGCCCAAUCACAUCCCAUCAAAUGCCUGGGAAUGACUCUAUAUGGACUAUUUAAGGAAGCACAUAAAAAACCCCAAGUGCACAUUGUUGCUGUUCUUGCAUGCCUUCAAAUCAUUUCCAACUUAUGGCGACCCUAAGAUGUGCUUCAUCUCUCCUGAUAUAAUGUGGGCCCUGAACCAAUGGCAUCUUUGAUGGGGGGGACGGGGGUUGAAUCUUAAUCAGAAUGUUAUCAUCUUUUCUUUUUACCUGCAGGACAAUGGCUUUGUCACAAAGUUUGAGGACCAAAGUUCCUGGCUGUCUUUGCACAACGUGAAGUCAAAAGUUAUGGCUGUUUUUUCAUUCUUCAGCCAAUAUUACUGAGGAAACUUGGUUAAUGCUCCCGUAAUGAUAUUGCUCUACAUUCAGAUCUUGGAAGGGUCCCUAUGCCUAGAAAACCGAGACUGCUGCACUGAGCCAGAGAGCACUUCUUCUUCUGUUUCUGAUCUUAUUUAUAUGCUAUUUAUUUGUAUAUACUUUUUGCAUUGUAUUAAAAAUGCCGCAGCCGAUCUGACUGGUAAUAAAUCAGGUCUGGUAUCACACAAUGUACAAACAAUUUAUAUCAGAUUUCCUAUUAAUUAUAUAAAAUAUUUUCAAACAAUCAAAUUGCAGUUGUCUUGACAU